AUGGCGAAAUUACAUGAGAGUACAUCAAGUGCAAGUGCUAGCUUCGACCCAGAGAAGUCGGAUUAUGACGAUACUUAUGUUUUAACAGAGACAACGCCAACUUACAUAAGGCAUGGAUUUGUUCGAAAGGUCUUUGCUAUUUUGUUUGCUCAAUUACUAGUGACCCUUGGAUUUUCAUUGAUCUGUUAUUUCUACCGAGAAUCUGUUCAUUCGUUCAUAUCCAAAAAUAUCUGGAUUUUUCCAACCUUAGCUAUAUUAUCAUUUAUAACAUCCCUUAUACUCAUAUUUUCACCUUCACUCUCUAGGAGAUAUCCGUUGAAUUACGCUAUUCUCGUUAUAGAAACAUUGUAUUUCUCAUUCAUUGUCGGAUUGUCAUGCGCGUUUACUAAAAGUCCGACUGCCAUAGUAUUAUCCGUCUCUAUUACUCUUGGGAUCAUUCUUCUUGUUGUUCUGUUCACACUCCAGACCAAAAUUGACUUCACUAGAUAUAUUAUCUAUUUUAUUUUAUUUAGUUUUGUAACGUUGGUUUUUGGCUUUAUUGGUAUCUUUGUCCCAUUUGACACCCCUCUCAGGAUGUUUUAUUACGGUUUAGGCGUACUUGGUUAUUCACUUUGGAUGGUACUUGAUCUUCAACUGAUUAUCGGUGGCAAGACUUACGAAUGGACGGUUGAUGAUUACGUCCCUGCAUCACUCUCGCUUUAUACAGAUGUUAUUGGAAUUUUCUUAAACGUUCAUGGCAUGUUUUCUGAUAGAUAG